AUGGAUAGUGUUGGAGCCGAAGUGGGCCAGAAAAUGAGGUCCGCUAUCAAGGCGAAACUUCUCGAAUUGAAUUGUUACGUUGAUGAUGAAUUACCCGACUACAUAAUGGUGAUGGUAGCAAACAGAAGAACUAAAGCUCAAAUGAAGGAAGAUUUGAAUUUAUUUUUAAACACAAAAACAGAAGUUUUUGUCGACUGGCUCCACAUUGUAUUAAAAAAACUUAGAGAAGUAACUGUUACAAAUCCAGAUGUUUAUAAGAGAGUAACGAAGAGAAAGGCCAACGAAGAAGAGGAUGUUAAAGUUAAAAAGGAAAAGAAAUCGAAGAAAACCGGCAAUAACGAUUCGGAAUCGACCAGUUCGUUAACCGAUAAUCUCCCGAUGAUGUCGAAGAAAUUAACGGAACAAAGAAAAUUGCUGCUCGAAAAUAAGAACGAAGAAAAAUAUUGCGAUGAAUUCGACAUUCCCUUGCUCUCCGAAGUUAACAAAUCCAACGAGAGAGAAUUGGAGGAGAUCGAGAGACGAAUUAAAAGCGUCAAAAGUCGAUUGGGUUCCCAAAUUAUCGACGAUGCCGAAUUGGUAGAGGCCAAAUUGGAGAAAGGUCUAGAAGAGAUUAACGAACAAACGGAAACUAACAAUGAAUUUGCUAUUGAAAAACCGAGAAAACACUCGCCGAUUAUUUUCCAAGAAGAUAAGCCGGAGCCUCCUCCUGUGGCUAAAAAAGUGUCCAUUUUGCAAAGAUUGGGCGAAAGAAAGCAAGAUUCGCAAAGGAAGAGAGAAUCGAGCGAAGCCAAGAAGAAAGACGAAAGGCAUUCCAGGAGGAGGGUGAUAGAAAAGGAUGAUAGAAAGCAAUCCAGGCCAAAAGACAGGAUUCGACACGCCGUCAAGGAUCGCAAAGAUUCGGAAUCUCAAAAGAAUCUACUGUCGCAAGUAGGAGUGAUGUCUAAAAUAUACGUUCCCGAAAAGCCUCCCGUAGAAAACGAAGAAGACGAAUUGAAAACCAGGGAAGUACGGAGCAUGGUAAGAGUUAAACCCAGAAUUCUACCAUCGAAUGCUACGCAGCCCAACAAAGCUUUGCUAUUAAAAGCCGUAGAAGAGGCUCACAGGAGUGUAUCCCAAACCACUAAAAACGUUAAAGUACUAAACACCGAAGAGAACUCAAACGGUGACGUACCCAUAACGAGGAAAUUGUCUCACAGAGAGAAAGUGAAAUUAAGGAACAUCAUAUUGGCGCAAGUUUCGAGAGAAGAUAGCGAUUCGAACGAUGACAACGAUAAAGAAUUCGAAUAUGUUCCUAAACCGCUUACGAAAACUUGCAAAGAAUUACCAGCGUAUAUUCCUUCAUCGAGGAAUUCCGUUGACGGUAAGAAAGCGGCAAGAAACUGUGUUCUAGUCACUAGUGAAUCUGAUUAUUCUCCAGAGAUAAUUCCCGAAAAGCCCAGAAUUUCAGCGAAAGCUCGAUUGGAAGCGAGGAAAUCUCCAUCGCCUAUAAUUUACGAUAAAGCGUCGAUUAAAGUAACGAAUAAACCGGACGUACCGGAUAUCCUACCGAUCAUCCACCAACCGAUUUCGUUGAAAAAUAAAGAAAAAUGUAAAUACUGGCCCAACUGUAGGCAGGGUGAAAAAUGCGAAUUCGUCCACCCGGUGGUGAAGUGCGAAUUGUUCCCGAAUUGCCAAUACGGAGAUUCGUGCUUGUACAUUCACCCCAGCUGCAAAUUCGGGCCGGGUUGUACGAAGAGGGGCUGCUCGUUCAGUCAUUCGAGCCUCAUGAACAAGACGCCUUUGACGCAACCGGUUAUAUGCAAGUACUUCCCGAAGUGCUCGUACAGCGCCUGCUCGUUUUACCACCCGAAGCCCUGCAGGUUCGGACAGUAUUGCAAGAAUCAGGCGGAUUGCCCUUUCUCGCAUGCGACAACGGUCAAUAAAGCGAGCCUGACUUGGCGAUCGCAAGUGUGA